GAUUCCUUAAGACCCUCUAUUCACAGAUUCCCUUUGGCGCACGGGCACGUGCCGAAAUUUGACGACUGGUCCCCGAAAGUCGGCAUGAGUCCGCGCGUUGCCACUGAAAGCAGCACAUAAAAACGCUCCGCAGCGAGGCAAACGCCUAGCGUUUUGCAAAAAUCAUGAAGGGCGGGUUCGACAUGUACCGCAAAGUAACGCCAGACCUGGUGGUCGCUACUUUUAGGGGAGGCGUAUUCUCGCUCAUAGCUGUAGCAUUAAUGGGUUGCCUGGCCUUUGUGGAGACGUGGGCGUUUAUUGGCACCGGCGACAUACGGGAAAUAAUCGACGUCGAGCUAGGAGUGUCUCCCGCCAGGAUCAACAUCGAGGUGGAAUUCCCUCGCUUGAACUGCGACGAUGCUGCCGUCGAACUAUGGCGGGGGAAGUCGCGGGCGGCCACGCACGGGUUGGAGCGCACGUUGCGCGUGUGGCGGUUUGAUGACGCGACGAAACGCUCCCAUCCUUAUAGAAAGAUACCCGAGGGCGCUAAAAAAGUGGACCACGAGGUAGGCGACUCCAUGGGUGGAUGUAAACUGAAGGGCUAUAUUGCCUACGAGCACACCUCUCCUGGAACUGUCGCGAUUUCGGCCCCGGCCGGCUCCGACUUGUCGCACCACGUCGUCGACUUUACCUUUGGCAUGCCGUUGACGCAGAAUCAAGCGCGCUCUUUGAAAUCUUUACCAGAAAGGUAUUCCAAAGUAGUCGCCUCGACGCUGCAGCGAAUCCGGUACGAGUCGCCGUCGCGUGACAAGGUCUUCCAUCACUUCGUGCACGUCGUCCCAACGAAGUACCAACUGGCAAAACGGAAAGGUUUCACGGCCUUCCAGCUGUUACAUCAGUCCCAUCUGAGUCAUAUGGACGGCGCGCAGGAGGCCAUGACGCGCUUCGGGUUUGACAUCUCGCCCAUGACCGCUCUGGUCUCAAAUCGCAGCGCGAAGCGGUGGUACGACUUCCUGACCUCACUACUGUCGAUCAUCGGCGGCGCGUUCACCGUCGUGUCGCUGCUGGAGCGGGGGGCGGCGGCGCUCGGCGGCUAGGACGCCUGCUGGGGCUCGUGCGGGGUAAGCCAAGUAAAAGCUAGUACCUGUC